GUUCUCACUUGCGCCGCCGACGCCGCCAUCACGUCGGAACAGCCGUGCCGUGGGAAGGGAAGGAAAGGAAAGCUUCUAGACGCCGGCGGCCUCCGCUGCUGCUGUUAAUGCAGUUCCCACCAGCGGAGAACAGCUACCGCGACGGCCACACAUCAAUGCGGUUGCCUGCUAGGCCACGAGUUUUCCCCGUGUUCCCUCCAUUCUCCACGUCUAUUUCACUCGGCUUCGGCGGCUCCCCCUUGCCUAAAGCGUCCUAGUCGUCGUCGCGGCUCCGGGACUCCGAUCCCCAACACCAACCCACUAUCUGCUACCAGGCGCGGCGGCGCGAGCUAGCUGGGUGAUCCGCGGUUAGGGUUCGGUUCGUUCUCCGCCUCGCGAGGGAGCGAUGUCGACGCCGGCGGACGGGGCGGCGUACUGGCUGCGGUGGCAGGUGUUCGUCUGCGGCGCGCUCAUCGCGCUGCCGACGGUCGCGGCCGCGGCGCUGCUGCCGCGGCUGCGGAGGUCGGCGGCGCCGCUCCGCGCGACGGACCUGUGGGUCCCCUGCUGGUCCCGGCUCCACCCGGGCUGGCUCCUCGGCUACCGCGCCUUCGCGCUCGCCGCCGCCGCCGCGCUCCUUCUCCGUGACGUCCUCGCGCACGGCCACGGCCUGUUCGUCUUCUACUUCUACACGCAGUGGACCUUUUUAUUGGUCACCAUAUAUUUUGCGUUUGCGACUGCUAUAUCAGCUCAUGGAUGUUGGGCAUACUCGAAGAAAAACUUGAGAAAAGCUGAUGAAUCUCAUGGAUUUCUUAAUGGUGAUGUUGAAAAUCGUGAUCUUUCCUCUUCAAUUUCUGGAGAAAGGAAGAAGGACGAAAUAGACAAGAUGACAAGCUACUAUGAACAAAUAGCAAACGAGAAAAGAGCUGGGUUCUGGGGGCGUUGCAUGCAAAUCAUCUACCAGGCUAGUGCAGGAGCGACAAUGUUGACUGAUGUCACAUUUUGGGGACUACUUGUGCCAUUCUUUUAUCGUGAUAAGUUUGGGUUGGCCAUGGUCACUGAUGGUAUGCACUCUCUCAAUGCUAUUUUUCUACUAAUAGACACAAUUCUCAACAAUAUGCCUUUUCCCUGGUACCGGAUGGCUUUCUUCGUAUUCUGGAGCUGUGCCUAUGUAACGUUCCAGUGGGUUCUUCAUGCUUGCGGAGGUUUAUCCUGGUGGCCUUACCCAUUUCUCGACCUUUCAUCGUCCGGGGCUCCUCUAUGGUACCUCGCAAUGGCCAUUGCUCACGUCCCUUGCUUCUCUCUGUAUUGGUUUAUUGUCAAGGGGAAGCACACGUACUUCCCAAGGCUAUUUCCCCAUUCUUAUGUGAGAACAAGUUAGAUCUUCCAUCUGAUCAUGGACCGCGCAUGCAAUAGGACGUAUGUGCAACUACAAUAUAUAUAGCGAUUAUUUUCACACUUGCUAGUUCCAAGUGUGUUCAUUUAUAGCGAUGUAGAUCUAACAAUCCCUUCUAAGUAUGGCUGAAUUCCGAAUGAAGCAACUGGGAUUAAUACUUUGAUCAACGAAAUGAAAUGAAAUACAGAGAGAAGUGUUAACAGUGUCA